AUGGUCCUGCUACGUACCGUCUCUCCUACGGUGGUGCGUCUACCCCAGCCGGCACGCUUGUACACUUCAGCGCUCUUGCACGCAGCGGAGAAGCAGCUCGGCGGUGGCAAGUGUGAACCUGCGAAGAAGCUCACUGAUACCGGCCGUGAGCAGUUGGACAAGGCUGGAAACGGCGUUCCCGAGAAGUCCUCACACUAA